AUGGCAGAGAAGUGCCCUAGAGGUCAAUGCCAAGUUAUAAAGCAAGAAAUCAUCUGGGCACAGGCAGGGAAAGGUCAGUUCCAUGUGGACUCUUUCCUUGUGCUGCUGACCAUGGCAGUGGACUGCUAUGUGGCCAUUUGCCAACGUCUACAUGAUGCUGCUUUGCUGACCCAGCAUGUGAUAGGCAUAGUGGCUGUAGCUGCUGUGACCCGUGGUGCCUGUGUCAUAGUACCCCCUUGUCAUCAUUCUCUUCUACACACCAGCCACCUUCUCCUUCUGUCUCAUCGCUUUGGCCGCCACACGGUUCCUAAUCAUAGCCACAUUCUAAUGGCUAACGUAUAUGUGGUGGUUCCUCCCAUGCUCAAUCCUGUACUCUAUGGAUUGUGA